UAUUUUUAGUAUAUUGAAAUAAAUAACGCCAAAGGCAUUCGUGAUAUCAAUACAUAAACAUUGAAUUACUGAGAUCACUUAAAUUGAUGGAAAUUCAGGAAAUACACUGCAUACAGUCUAGAUUUUGACUGAAGUUAAAUUUUUGCCAUUUUAAGGAGGUAAUCUACAUCGUCAUAAUGGCUGACUUCCUUUUAAAACAUGGAUGAAAAUAUAAAUAUCAGCAAUAUUUGUGUAUGCAUUUAAAAAUUUCUCGCCUAGCUGAGUAGCUCAGUAAGUUAGUACUAUCGACUGCCGAACUAUAGAUUGCAUGUUCCGAGUCCAGUAGGGGUUUCUCAAAUUGCUUUCAACUAAAACUGCAUUUUUUGACUAAAUCAAGUAAAUUUGAAAGUUUUCAAUUUCAAAAUAUUGUUGUACACAUCCUCCACUUUCUAUCCAUAUCAAAUUUCUAUGGUGUACCUCCUUAAGGGCAUAUGUGACAUUCUCAAUAAUAUACAAAUAUUUCAGGUUCAAUUCACUUGCAUUCUAUCUCGUUUCUACAAAUUUUAAAAAUCUUGGGGUAUGGUAUGGGGUAGGGUACUGGUAAAAACAUGUCUGUUUUUAAGCUAGCAUAUUUUGAUAGUUCCUGGUUGUUGCAAGUAAAAAUGUAAUGUCAGCUCUUAUGUAUUACAGUAAGUUAUAUAAAUGGACUUCACUGUAACAAAGAAGGAGUGAAAAAUCUUUGGAACAAUAAGGUAUCAAACCCAGGACCCUUACAUUUCUAUUUAGGUGAUCUAACCACUGAGUUACCCAGGCCAAUAUAUGAAAUAUGGUAAAAUUACUACAAUAUAAAAUUCAAUCCUAUUUCGGAAAUCAUACAAGAACUCUUCAUACUGAGGAGAUGAAAAACUGAUUUUAGAGAAAAUGUCAGAAACAUUGCACAUGUCAUUUAUUUACAGGUAAAAUAUCAUGAGAUUGAAAAUGUAUAAAAUAGUGAAUUUAAAGUUUAUAUAAGAGUCAUCUUUUUCUUAGAGAUUUCUGUGAAUUUAAAGUUUAUAAGAGUCAUCUUUUUCUUAGAGAUUUCUGUGAAUAUAAAGUUUAUAAGAGUCAUCUUUUUCUUAGAGACUUCUGUGAAUUUAAAGUUUAUAAGAGUCAUCUUUUUCUUAGAGACUUCCGUGAAUUUGAAGUUACGUGUAUGUUAGAGACUCUUCCCGUAAAGUUUCAUAGCUAAAGCUCAAAUAGUAUCAUCCGGACACCACUUCUCACUGUAUGAGACCCUUUGACCUUUUAAUCUACACAUUUCCCAGUGUGAUAUAAUGAAAAUCAUACAGCUGAGUACUUAUGGUAGGGGGCGCCACAUUUCACAGUGUACUAUGUUGAGAACUGUGAGCAUGAGCUGAGUACUUAUGGUAGGGAGCACCAGAUUUCACACAGAACUGUGAGCUGAGUACUCACGGCAAUGGGGCAACAUUUCCAUCCAUGCUGAACACUCCAUCUGUGGCUAUAAGCUUCUUCUUACAGUCCUUGGCAUCAGUCAGCUGUCCCUCCAGAUCUACAAUACAAUUCAGUAUUAACAAUAUAUCAUUUACACUCAGUGCAAAUUAAUCCUGAGCUUUCUGGGGUGCUAAAAGAAAUCAGAAAACUAAAUAUUUUGAAUUUAUAUGUUUGGUUGUUUUUACAUCUCUUUGAGAAUUUUUCACUUAUAUCGAGAUGACAUUAGCAGUAACUGAAGCACCACAAAAUCUGACCUAUGUAUGGAGCUCUGGGCUUUAGCAGUAAAGGUUCUUUACUGUGCCAACGCCUGUUAUGACAUGGGAUGACAGUUUCUAUAGCCUCAUCCAAAAGACUGCGACUCUCACUUUAAUGCCGAGCAUUUGGUGAAGGAACUGUCAUUACCUACUUCUGCAUCUUUAGUUUGAAUGAAGUUACAAGCUGGGCUUGAACCCACAACCUCCAAGUCAUGAAGUAAGAAUUCCAACCACUGAGCUACCUGAUUCAAUCUUAAUAUCACAAAGUGUGCAAACAGCCUGCCAGCACACCCGGGACAUACUAAAUCGAGAGCAGACAUAAAGUUUUUACAAUACAUCAGCCCACUUGGAUGCAUUAAUUUUACCUAGAACCCUAUUUGGUUUUUAUUUCAAUUCAAAUCAUGUUUGUAUCUUUAUCAUAGUAAUUUUAACAAGAGGCCCUGGGCCACAUUGCUCACCUGAGCAGCAGUUCCUAGCAAUAAACAAGCUUAAGAAACGAUCAUUAUACAAGCAGAUUCGUUCAGAAAAAAAACAUAACUAAAAAUUCAUUAAUUUUCUAACUUUAUUAUUAAACUUGACUACAAAUUCAUUAAUUAUCAUAUGCCCUUGUAGACGGGUAUGGCCUUUCAUAUUAACAAAUUUCAUCAAAGGAUGCUUUGUGCCAAGUUUGGUUCCCCAUACAUUCAAAUGUAAAACUUUGAUUCCCUAUUGUGGCCCCCAUCAUAACUCUAGAGAUCAUGACUUCUACAAACCUGAAUCUCCUCUUUGUCAGGAAGCUUUCUUGUAACUUUCAGCUUUUCUGGCUCAGUGGUUUUCGAGAAGAUGAUUUUUAAUUAACCCCACCCUAAUUUUGUAUAUUUGUGAUUAUCCACCCUUUGAAGGGGGCAUAGCCCUUCAUUUGAACAAACUUGAAUCCCAACUUGAAUCCCCUUCACCCAAGAAUGCUUUGUGCCAAGUUUGGUUGAAAUUGGCCCAGUGGUUCUAAAGAAGAAGAUGAAAAUGUGAAAAGUUUAAGCCAUUGCCAACAGACAGCAGACAAAUUUCAAUCAGAAAUGUUCACUUGAGCCUUCAUCUUAGGUGAGCUAUAAAGAAUUUCAGCUAUUGGUAAUCCAUCAUUCUAAAGUGGUGUAUGAAACUUCGCGUUGGUCACACAAGUCGUUUGACCUAGACUACGCAUGUUGAAAUUACAUCAAAUUCAUUUUUCUAAAUGACAUUAUAAGGAACAAAAGUAAUUUCUACUCAUUAAAUAUGAUUCAAAACAAAUAAGACAAUUCAUGUUCUUUUACAAACCGUGUCAAAAUGAGUAAAAAUUGAUUUCGUUCCUUAAAUAAAAUGCAAGGAAACAGUAAAAUGUGAUACAGUGAAGAGAAUGUUUAAGAAAUAAUCAAUUUUAAAUAUGAGCCAAACAAAUUUCAACUAUUUUCUAUCAGCACAUUCUGACUAUCUUCUGCACUUCUAAAUGCUCUUAGUUUUUAAAAUGAAUUAUCUAAAUGAAAUCAAAUCAAAUCAAUUUCACAUUAACAAAAUGUAAAUUUAAUAUGUUUGCACAUGAUGCCUUGAUUGGAACUCUGUUAUUGUUACAAGCAAAUUGAGAAAAUGUCAACGAGAUUGUUAAAUCUGAUUUCUCAGACUAGCAGCGCACUGCAAUUCCUUUGUUACUGUAAAAAUCAAUUUUAAUAAAGGGGAUAGAAAAACUAUGGUUUGAUAGAUUUGCAGACAUAUAUUCUAAAACCUUUAUUUACAGUAACAACGAGUUGAGUGUGAAAGCACUCUCAAUGUAUUGAGUAUGGUUACAGUAAAACCUCAAUAAGCAAACACCUCAAAUUAGAAAAUAUCCAGUUAUAGUAGUUUUGCUACAAUAUUGUGUUUUAAAUUUUACAUGACUAAAUUAAUGGAAGAUGGGAGUAAAUAUAAUAUACAUUCUGUACAUAUUUUCGAUUUUGGGGAUUAGGUGUAUAACAAAACAAUUAAAACAAAAUGGAAUAUAGUUUUGAAUUAUUUUGAUCCAUUUGACUUCCCUAAUUAAUAUGGUUUACGCAGGGAUUUAUCUAUCCUGAAUACAUUCUAAAAAUCUGUACAUUGAAUUAUAUCUCGAACUUUGAAUAUUUCCUGUACAAGGUAUGAAUUUUAUUAAGGUUAUAAUUGUUAACAUCAAAGUAUGGAGCCAAGUUCAUUUGUGAUAAAUUUGACCUUGACCUUCAACAUUUGCAUAGCAACGACUUUGAUCGGUCAAUUCACUGAGUAUGAAGUCUCCAUGUUGUAUAAUUCAAAAGUACAUGUAAAUGACCAAGAUUAAAAUUGCUGACAAAGAGACAGAUGAACAAAAAUAAUAUACCCCCAUCGCCAAUUUUAUAUCUUAUGGGCAUAACAUUUUUCUGGCUCUAUUUUUUUUUAAUCUUAAACCUCUAACAAUUCUGAUGAUGAAGUAAUUAUUCUUAAUUUAUAUAUUCUGUAUGAAAAGGUGAAGAUAACAAACAGAGAUCAAUCUCAUAACUCCUAUAAGGAAUACAAAAUAGAGAGUUGGGCAAACACAGAACCCUGGACAUACCACAGGUGGGAUUAGGUGCCUAGGAGGAGUGAGCAUCCCCUGUCAACCGGUCACACCCACCAGAAACCCUUUAUCUACCGGUCACACCCGCCAGAAACCCUUUAUCUACCGGUCACACCCGCCAGAAACCCUUUAUCUACCAGUCACACCCACCAGAAACCCUUUAUCUACCGGUCACACCCGCCAGAAACCCUUUAUCUCAAUCAGAGAAACUCAUAGUAUGUAAAGAACAGCAUGUUAGACAGAUUUGUUUGACCCAAUGACAGAUUGUAUCUAAACCAAGUAAGUUUUGUUACCAAAAAUAAUAUCAAAAAAUUAGCUUCAUUGCUGUAGCCAUCCUUCAGUGUCAGUAAAGCACAGCUUUAAAUCCAUCCUCUAACCCCUUGACAGCUAAAUGUGUGAAAUAAACCAAUAUCCAUUACAUUUGUUCAGUAUAAAAUAAUUGAUUCAGCGUAGAAUUUCAUUUGAUUGGUUACUCAGUGAACAAAGAACAUGCUGUAGAAAAUGCACAAUGAUUGAAGAGGGUGAAUAUUCAAGAUGCUUCCUGUUUCUGAAAGAACCAUCAAUUCAAUCCAUACCAAACUCCAGCUCUAAUUGACUGCCUGCCAUAAAACUAGUCCCUAACUGGGCCAUUAUCAUUCCUGAAAUAGCAAGCCAAUACCACAAGACCUUUCAAUGUUUGGAAUACUGAACACUGUGGUUCUGUUUCCAUGACAAUGAAGAAAAUUUGGGAAAUAGUACUUUGGUGUAUGUGUGUUUGUGUUGCUGGAGAGUGUCCCUUGGAUUGGACAGAAUUCUGUGAUGGACAAACACAUGUUGGAUGCUACUUUGCUGACACUGUUGACGUUGCCUAUCAAAAUGCAUACAGUAUCUGUGCAGGAAUGGCAGAUCCAUCCACUCUAGUUAACCCUAUCAAUCAAGUAGAGGUUGACUUUGUGACUAAUUUGACAGGAAAUAACAAUUUAUGGUAUGACAAUGGAGAAAACCCUUCUAAAUGCUAUUUAAUUGGAGGAGUCAACCAUACAAUUAUUGAGGUAGGUUGUGCCAGUCUUGGUAGAACAGUUUGUGAUAUUACUUCAAGCAAUAGUUCAGAUCUGUGUUAUUCCUUGACAACUGAAUCCACCCCACCAUCCACAGAGAUAACGACUGCAAGUACAGCAACAGAGACCUCACCACAAAUAAACACUCAAGUGCAGACAACUGAAUCCACCCCACCAUCCACAGAGAUAACGACUGCAAGUACAGCAACAGAGACCUCACCACAAAUAAACACUCAAGUGCAGACAACUGAAUCCACCCCACCAUCCACAGAGAUAACGACUGCAAGUACAGCAACAGAGACCUCACCACAAAUAAACACUCAAGUGCAGACAUCAUCCACCUCAGAUCCUCAAACUACCACCUCCCAAAACAAUGCCUCCCAAGACAAUGAGAGGAAUGUCACGUGCUUAUGUACCAAGGUCUGUCACGUAAGUUACACAUCCGACGACCUUCAGACCAAGGUGCAGAACAUCAAACAAAACCUGACCGUGGACACGUCUGUUCUUUCUGCGACAGUGCGUAAGCUGACGUGUGCUGAGGACACUAGGCCCUCUUCUGCCGUCAUUGGUUACACAGGGGGGAUAAUCCUAGUUCUCCUGGUGUUGAUGAUCAUUAGCCUCGACUGUUUUCCUAAAGCUCAUAAAUUUCCACACCAUAAACAAGUUUAGAUUUGCCAGAUGUUUUAUAUAAUUGCACUAACUAUCAAUUUUUUGUAUUACUGAAGAAUUAAAAUAAAUCCUAACCUGAUA